AUGACUUCUUCGGCAGAUUACACCGAUAUCAAGUUUGAGAUCAAGGGCAAGAUUGGGAUUAUAACGUUCAACCGCCCCAAGUCCCUCAACUCGUUCGGCGGCAACCUCGUCGCAGACAUCGUCGCUGCGCUGCGUGUACUAGACUCGCACCCGGACACCAUCUUCACCGUCCUAACAGGCGCAGGGCGCUUCUUCUCCGCCGGCGCAGAUGUGACGAGUGUGGCUAAGCGGACGGGCACGUUUAAGAAUGAGGCGGAGAAGAAGAUGAGCAUGUUGGCUGGGUUUACUGCGACCACCGAACUCCUCCGCUCAAUGAUCGACCACCGCAAAGUCCUCAUCCUCGCCCUCAACGGCCCCGCCGUCGGCGGCGGCGCAGCCUGGUUCCCGGGCGUCGCCGACAUCGUCCUCGCCUCCUCAACCGCAUGGCUGCAAUGCCCCUUCAGCGCGCUGGGCCUCGUCCCCGAAAACGGGUCCGCCCUAUCCUUCGCCCAGCACAUUGGCAUCCACCGCGCAAACGACUUUCUCAUGUUCGGCCGCAAACUACAGGCGCAGGAGCUGCUGGACGCGGGGUUGUAUAAUUACGUGUGGGACGUCAGUGGUGAUGCGUUUCAGGACAAGGUAGUGGCGUUUUUGCAGGACAUGCUGGAUGUGAAUGAUGGGAAGAGUAUGAUUGAGAUGAAGAGGUUGCAGAAUGCGCCCGUGAGGGAUGCGAGGAUGGUGGCGGUUGUGAAUGCCGUGGAUGCGCUCGCGGAACGGUUUGUAGAGGGUGCGCCUGAUGAGCGGUUUGCGCUUAAGAUUAAAGAGUUGGAGGAGAAGAGGAAGGCUAAGCUUUGA